GUUAUUCCAACGUGCUCUGGCUGGUCUAGUUAAAAUGAAAAUGCCUGGGCUAUUUUUCGUUUGGUUUCUUUGCAUUUGUGUUUGUUUACCAAGUGCAGUGCUUGGUAAUGGAAAUGGCUAUGUGCUAGAUAAACCUGUCACGGAACUCUGUCUUAACUGCCUCUGUGAAGCGCUCUCUGAAUGCAAUGCUACUGCCAUUUGUAUCAAUCCAAAGAUUGGCACCUGUGGGAUCUUUCGCAUUACCAACGACUAUUGGGUGGAUGCCGGAAAAUUAACAAUCAAUGGGGAACAUCCCGACACGGAACAUGCUUUCAUCAACUGUGCAAAUGAUCCGCAUUGUGCAGCCGACACAAUCCAGAAUUACAUGCAUCAAUUCAAUCAGGAUUGCAAUGGCGAUGGCGAAAUGGAUUGUCAUGAUUAUGCGAGAAUUCACAUGUUGGGCGGCUUUAGUUGUGAGGGGGAGUUGCCGUACUUUUACCAGAGCAAGUUUGAGGAGUGCAUUGAGAAUUAUCAGGAACAGGGAUUCGAGUGAAAACAAUAACGAAGUAUUAAUAUUAUUGAAAUUGUUUUUAAGUAUAAAAAUUAAUGUGGAAUAUCUAGAUAAUUUGCAAACUUGUUCUUUGCGCUAAUUGUCUUAAAAUAAAACCAGCAAUAAAUUUCUGCUGUGUGGAAAAUCUUUUGCUAAUCGAUUAUAAAGUCCUAACAUAGAAAUAAAAUUUUUAACGUUGGGUAAUUACAUAACUAUCUAAAUGUAAUUAUUUAAACCGGUUAUAUAAUCUAUAUUCUACAUAUUCGCAUACUAACAAGAUUUUAGAAUUAAAAAAUCCCGUUUUGAAGUGACCUAUAACAAGAUAAAAGCUGUUAGUCAAGUGCGUUUGAUUCUGAGGCAUCCGACAUUUGUUUUCACUCAAUAAAAUAAAAUUUCUCAUCGUAUAAUAUGAUUUCUCAGUUAUAUCGAUUAUUA